AUGAAACUCCACCUACUUCUGGCUCUUGUACUUGGGACAGUUUCAGCUUUUCAUCUGAGAACUGAAAUGCCCAACAUUGAGAGCCCCUUGGGAGAUGACACCCUGCCUCAGGUUGGGGAGGUGCCAGAAAGUGAGGCAAAGGAGACCCCUGUGGAGGGACUGCUAGAGGAAGAGGAAGAUAGGGGCUCUGGAAGUGAAGAUGCCCCCAGGGAAGAGGGGGCUGUUGAGUCCAUCUCAGCCUUGGAUGAGGUAGACAGGGACCUUCAGUGUCCUAAGGAUGAGGACACAGUAAAACUGGAGGGCAUCCCUGGAUGCAAGACCUGCCGCUUCCUCCUGUUAACUUGCCAGAGGUGCUACCGGGGCAGACUCAUCUCCAUCCACAACUUCAGCCUUAAUUACCAGAUCCAGUGCUUAGUCAGACAGAUCAACCAGGGCCAAGUCUGGAUCGGAUGCCAGGUCACCGGCUGGGGUCGCUGCACACGCUUUUGCUGGCUUGACGGCACUCCCUGGAAUUUUGCAUAGGGGGCUGCUGGCCAGCCCGGGGGCAGUGCUGGUAGAUGUGUGACCCUGUGCACCUGAAGAGGCCACUGGCGUCGAGCUCCCUGUGGUGUGGGUCUCCCAUUCAUCUGUUCCUACUGA